AUGGGCAAGACCUCACUUGACUUUCUUUUCACCGACAAGAAGGCGUUUAAGCCAACUCGGGACUGGGCUGAGCUCAUUCGCUCCGGGAAGGACAAGUAUGCCAAUUGUCGCGUCGUCUCUUUCACCCGUGUGAAGAACCUUGACUCCAAAUGGAAACAUGAAUAUCUUCAAUUCAUUGUAGAAGAAGAAACCGGGAAGGAGCGGGCGCGUGUCUAUGCCGAACGAGGCAACGAAAAGGAUCUUGACUGGGUGACUGUUGGUCCAGCUGAGACCACAGAGACUGGUAGCCGUAGUGACGAUGAUUUGCCACUACCGCUGGCGUCGUUGAUCUUCGGUGGAAAAUCUGGACAGGAUGUCACUCAGCGCCCAACAGUGCUGGAAAUUGCUGAGAUCCUAGCAGCUACAACGAUCAUCGGCGGUGCGUACGAAUUCUACGGACACAGUUGCUUCUGGUAUGCAUAUACUGCAUAUGACGCAAUCAAGCGACAGUUUGGCAAGUUUGCUACGGAAAAGGCGUGGAGAUGGCUUGACAUUGGGGGUGCUGGCAACGCCGGCGUCAAGGAUGCCAUAGGAUUGGGCUGGCCUUUCCUUUUCAAGUUCUACUACGUCGGUGAUGCAAAGAAAUUCAAGGAAGAGAGGGAGACCAACAUGGCAUUUUUCGGCGAUGAGCGUCGUCAGAUCGUAGACGCCAAUGAUAUUGUCAACCAGGUGGCGUCCAACCUAAAUACCGAUGGAUAUCGAUCCACCUACAUUGAUGCACUGCGAGCUCAGGGGAUUGAACUGUCCGAGGUAGAGAAGGCCAAGGACCAGGCCGACGACAACGCCAAUUGGGCCAAGGAGUUUGAUAAUUUGAGCCAAACUUUGAUCCAGCGAGUAUCAGCGGACCCCGAUGCCAACAAAUAUGCCAAGUACUACGAAGACUUCACGAUCCCAUCCGAAAUGAUCCCGCAAGAACUGAGUGAGAUGCCGACAGCCGAGAAGAUGGAAAGUGCGUUGGAGGAGACUGCACAAGCCCUGAAAGUUGUUGUUGGUCGCAUUUUGUUGGAAGCUCAAAAGGAGCAUGGACCCUAA